AUGGACCCCGAGAACGCAAAUGGCCGAUCAGGCUACGAUGAUCAGUUUCCUCCCGGUACGACCCGGAUCGAAGACAGCAUAGGCGAUGCCGUCUACCUCCGACCGUCGCCAACGUCUGACCCAAAUGACCCCCUGAACUGGAGUAAGGGCAGGAAGGCUCUACAAGUGACUCUUCUUAGCUUUUACACUAUCUUCGUCUUCGCAACUCUGACGGUCGGCGUCCCGGUAUGGACGAACAUCAACAUGGAGCUGGGUAUCUCCUUCGACAACCUCACUAACAGCUUUGCAACCAAUCUGGCGGCUCUUUCAAUUGGAUGCUGGCUGUUUGUACCGAUUGCCCUGCGAUACGGUCGGCGUCCUGUAUACAUUGUCACUUCUCUCAUCCUUUUUGGCGUGUCGAUCUGGGCGGCCGAGAUGCAGAGUACGGGAGAGCUUUUCGCAACUCAGUUCUUGGCCGGCAUCGCGGGUGCCGUCAAUGAGACAUUGUAUCAGGUUACGGUUGCAGAUCUCUUCUUCGUUCACCAACGCGGCUCGAUGAACGGUAUUUAUCUCUGGUGUGUGACCGCCGGCAACUAUCUCGCCCCGGUCGCAGCUGGAUACGUCGGUGCAUCACAAGGGUGGCGAUGGGUAUACUGGUGGACUGCCAUCUUCACUGGCGUUAUCUCCGUCUUGAUGUUCUUCUUCCUGGAGGAGACGCGUUACAUCCCUCUCAUCGAAGGUAUAUCCGUCCGAAACGGAAACCCUGUCGUAGAACCUCACGAAAUCUACGACGACAACAUAAAGCUCGACGACGUCAAGCUGGCCCCUGCGACUACCGAAAACAGCAACCUCGAGCGCCCCGAGACGGCCGGAACCAGCACCCAACGCCGUCGCCUCGUCCCCAUCGACCACAGCAUCCCGAUGAACUCGUACUGGACCCGGCACCGCCUCAUCAGCACGAAGACCGAUCAUGGCCACAGCAUCAUCCGUCAUUACUGGCAGCCUUUUGCCGUGCUGUUCAGCUUUCCUGCCAUCUCAUUCACCGCGUUUCAGUAUGGCAUCGCCAUCUCGUGCCUAUCCAUCCUGGCUACCACGCAGUCUACUCUAUAUGUGCAGCCGCCAUACCUUUUCUCCUCCGUCGGCGUCGGCAACAUGAACCUGCCGCCGGCUAUCGGCUCUAUCAUCGGCGCGUUCUACGGCGGCUACCUGGUCGACAAGCUGAUCUUGGUGUUUGCGAAGAAGAGGGGCGGUGGAAUAUAUGACCCGGAGAUGCGGUUGUGGCUGUACUUCAUACCUGGAUUGAUACUUCCGUUUGGUAUCUUGUUGUAUGGGUUGACUAUCGCAAAGGGCAUGCCGUGGAUCAGCAACGCCAUGGGCGCCGCAUUUGUUGGCUUCGGCGUUGGUGGUGUGGGCGACAUCACCCUAACUUAUGCGCAAGAUUCAUACACGGAUAUCGUUGGUGACGCUUUCGUCGCCAUCGCCUUCAUCCGCAACCUCCUUGCCAUGGCCCUCGUCUUCGCCCUGCCCCCCUGGCUUCAGGGAAUGGGCCCAUACGACAUGUUCACCCUGCUCGGCUGUUUGACGUUGACGCUGUCGUUGACAGCGGCCGCGACGAUCAUCUGGGGGAAGCAGUGGCGGGCUGCGUCGAAGGAGAGGUAUAAGUGGUUUGCAGCGAGGCAAUAUAGUCCAAGAAGUGCGUAG